AUUUUUUUGAGUAGCACCCGGCGCGUUAUUUCAAUCCAUUCCUGCCCUAAUUCCUCCUUCCCCGUCGCGAAAACGAGCCGUCUUCUCUCAGAUCAGAUCGCGAUCAUCUCCAUUUCGCGAGCGUCAUGGAUGCCGUUGACUCUGUUGUUGAUCCUCUGAGGGAAUUCGCUAAGGACAGCGUCCGUCUCGUGAAGCGAUGCCACAAGCCGGACAGGAAGGAAUUUACGAAGGUGGCUGUACGGACGGCGAUUGGCUUUGUGGUCAUGGGAUUUGUGGGCUUCUUCGUGAAACUAAUUUUUAUUCCGAUCAACAACAUCAUCGUCGGGGCAACCUAGGUAAUUAGGUCGUUAUGCACGGAUGGAAAUCACUUUAAUUACAUGAAAAUUCCCAUAAUUUUAUGAGUAGUACAGGUGGGUAGUUUGAUAUUGGAGUAAGGUUGGAUAAGUAAAUGAGCAUGACUCGAUACCUCUUUAAUUUCCUACCCUUUCUCUUUUCCCCUUGCUUGUGAAUCCAUUUGAAUCAUGUGGUUCACCGAUUCUUGGAUUCCAUUGUUUCGAUUCUGUUUAUUGUUAUGAAUAUCUUAUAUGCAUUUAAAAGGCUCACUUGUCAUCUGAACAUGAUUGUUUUUUGUGUUACUUAUUAUUAUCAUGCUUA